GUCAAUUAUACUGGGUUCCCAUGCGAUUAACUGAGACCCAAAGUAUACAAUAAACCCUAUAAUAAAACUAGGAAGCGACAGCGUUUUGUCUUGUUAGCAUAUUAUGUAGAUUUUUUAUAUAAAAGGAGGUGUAUCUAACAAUUUUAAAAAUUUCACUUAUAUAAAAAGAAAUUGACGGGCCGGUAAGUGAACAAUAACUGUUUAAUCUUUUAUAGGAAACAGUCGUUAAAUUGGCUUCGGUUUUGUGGUUCUUUAGUGUUUUAUGGUACUUCGGGGUGAACCGGUGCACAAUGAAGACUAUGGCAAUGUUACUCCUAAUAACCUUCUCCACGACCACGGCAACCUUCUACAACAUAAAACCCCAUAAGCUCUACAAAUACCUUGUGGAACCGUUAGUAGAUGUCGCCAUCAGGAGUGUCCUAACUGGAAGCGUCAUAGACCCGAUCGGCCAAUUUAUUGGUGCAGGUGGUAAAUACCCUAAGCACCACCAUAGAAAAAAGUAUCACCAAGGUUACCCUUUGCCAAUACCAUACGCACCACAUCAACAGUACUACCAUCAGCCGGACUUUUACCAUGAAAGGGAUGUUUUGCUUAACUAUCCGGGGUGUUCGCAUCACCAUCCAGAACAUUCUCCGGUAGGGGACCUGUUUUAUCCAGAGUUUUCUUAUGGAGGUUUCAGGCCUCAAUGAUGGAAACUUUCUGUUUAAUAGUAAUAUUAAUUAUAAUAAUGUCUUUAUUUACAAUAAGAUCGAGAAAACAAAAUAAGAUGAGUGAAUUUGUGCGCUACUCAUAUAUAAGAAUCUAAUUGACUAGAAUAAUUCUAUGACUUCUAAAGCUGAGCUUUGGCCUCAUUGAGAAUAAGAUUACACUUAGAACUUACGGAUCUUGAUUUAUUACGUUAAUAAGAGAAUAAUUUACGUGCGUAUCCUCAGCAAACUGAUGAUUUAUUAAAUAUUUUAGAUGCUCAAAUAGAUUAACUGUACAAUGAAAAAAAGAGGCGGAGUUGUGUCAAUUUAGCAAUCACAAGCGACACACGAUUGUUAAAUAAACGUUUAUUUUUGGUUUACAUCAGAUGUACGUUUUUCAUGAAGCCUUUAUUAUUUAAAUUUGAUGUAUAAUAAUAAAUAUUUAAUACAAAAUAGAAAUUGAAUUAGAUUGGGUAUUAUUGACGAAAAACGUUGAUUUUUGAAAAGAAUUCCUUACUAGGCAGGUGUUUGUGGUCGGUGGGGGGUAAGGAUCUUAUUGAUAAAAAGCAAUGUUUUUGCAAAAAAAAAAAUUCAAUAUUUAAUUUAAUAACACUGUUUUUUUUAAUUUAAUAUAAUUUUAUAUAUAAAUAUUUAGCAUAAAAACAGCGGUACUAGAUUGGAUAAUACGAGUAUGCAAGAAAACAGUGAUUUUUCAGAAGAAUUUCAUCAAAUAGUGAAGGUGUAGAAAUCGAGUUUAAAAACUAGGUAUGUAAAUCCCGUGUCAAUUUUUUUUAAUGCUGAUAUGUUCACCCUUUUGUAAACAGAAUCGU